UGCUCCGUCCCAGCCGGAGCCCCCGGCGGGUAAUUAAGGAAGGAUUAAUGAGAUCUCCAAAGUCAACAACAAAAAAAAUCGAUGGGCCGCAGAGCCCGAGCGGCGGCUGCGCAGUCCCGCGGGGAGAGGGCGUCGGGGGCAUCGGUCCGGGCACUAUGGCCUCACCUGGACGGAUGACCGGUACUGUGCCCACAGUUGGUGGUCAGCCGGCAGCGCUGCCUGCCCAGGCCUCAGCACCUGCGGAGGCUCCACCCGUGGCCUCUCCAGAAGCACAGGAGACUAGAGCAGCUCCAGCCAAGGAGAACCAAGUGGACAUGGGGGCUGAGGUGACAGAGACCCACGCCUCGCCCCGCCAGAAGUCCUGGCUGGUGCGGCAUUUCUCGCUGCUACUGCGGCGGGACCGGCAGGCCCAGAAGGCGGGGCAGCUCUUCUCAGGGCUUCUGGCCCUCAAUGUGCUGUUCCUGGGCGGAGCCUUUAUCUGCAGCAUGAUCUUCAACAAUGUGGCCGUGACUCUGGGCGACGUGUGGAUCCUGCUGGCCGCACUGAAGGCCCUCUCCCUCCUCUGGCUUCUCUACUAUGUGGCCGGCACCACCUGCCGGACGCACGCCGUGCUCUACAGGGACCCUCACGCAGGAUCCAUUUGGGUGCAGGGCUCCCUGCUGCUCUUCGGCAGCUGUACCAUCUGCCUCAACGUCUUCCGUGUGGGCUACGACAUGAGCCACAUCCACUGCAAGUCACAGCUGGAGCUCAUCUUCCCUGCCAUCGAGAUCAUUUUCAUCAGCGUCCAGACCUGGGUGCUCUGGAAACACUGUAAGGACUGCGUUCAGGUCCAGACCAACUUCACCAGGUGUGGCCUGAUGCUGACCCUGGCCACCAACCUGCUGAUGUGGGUUCUGGCCGUCACCAACGACUCCAUGCACCGCGAGAUUGAGGCAGAGCUCAAUGCCCUCAUGGAAAAGUUCUCAGGCAAUGACACCAACACCUGCCUGUGCCUCAAUGCCACCGUGUGUGAGGUCUUCCGGAAGGGCUACCUGAUGCUCUACCCCUUCAGCACUGAGUACUGCCUCAUCUGCUGUGCCGUGCUCUUUGUCAUGUGGAAAAACGUGGGCCGCCGCCUGGCCCCCCACGCAAGCGUCCUCCCCAGCACCCCGCCCUUCCACCUGCUCGGGGCCAUCUUCGGGCCGCUGCUGGGCCUGCUGGUGCUGGUGGCAGGCACAUGUGUCUUUGUGCUUUUCCAGAUUGAAGCGAGUGGCCCUACCAUCGCGCGCCAGUACUUCACCCUCUACUAUGCCUUCUACGCAGCCGUGCUGCCCGCCAUGAGCCUGGCGUGCCUGGCGGGCACGGCCAUUCACGGGCUGGAGGAGCGAGAGCUGGACACGCUCAAGAACCCCACCCGCAGCCUGGACGUGGUGUUGCUGAUGGGGGCAGCGCUGGGCCAGAUGGGCAUCGCCUACUUCUCCAUCGUGGCCAUCGUGGCCACUCGCCCCCAUGAGCUGCUGAACCGCCUCAUCCUGGCCUAUUCCCUGCUGCUUAUCCUGCAGCACAUUGCCCAGAACCUCUUCGUCAUCGAGGGCCUGCACCGCCGCCCCCUCUGGGAGGCAGCUCUGGAGGGUCUGGGGGAGAAGCAGGACGCGGAGCCGCACCGCCGGGGCUCCCUGCUGGAGCUGGGCCAGGGCCUGCGGCGGGCCUCGCGGGCCUACAUCCACUCCUACAGCCACCUCAACUGGAAGCGGCGGGCGCUCAAGGAGAUCUCGGUCUUCCUCAUCCUCUGCAAUGUCACACUGUGGAUGAUGCCUGCAUUUGGCAUACACCCGGAGUUUGAGAAUGGACUGGAGAAGGAUUUCUAUGGCUAUCGGACGUGGUUCACCAUCGUCAACUUUGGUCUGCCCUUAGGAGUCUUCUACCGCAUGCACUCUGUUGGGGGGCUGGUGGAGGUCUACUUGGGGGCCUGAGGCUGCCCAAGGAACCCACCCCUGCAGAACCCUGAAGUGCCAAGGCUGGGAAAAUGUAGCCCAGAGUCUCUGAGCAGACGCCCCAUUCCAGGGGAGCCUAGGACAGCCUGGGUUCCCCGAAGCCUCCCCCUCCCUAGAGCCUUGUUAAAUUGGGCGUGGGGUGGGAGCAUUGUUCACAGCCCAAGACCAAGGGCAAAACCUGGACACCGAGUUUCCGAUGCCCACCCCCUCAGGGGCACAAGCCUGGCCCUGCUCACCAACACAUCAGUACAGCCCACGGUGCACCCAGGAAGCCCCCACAGCUACUCUGGGAGGGCCAGCCCUAUAUGACUGAGUCUGGGGAGUUUGGAGAGGGGCGCUCCUGCCCAGCCAGUUCUCUGGAGCCUGCGUCCUGCGGGGGGAAGGGCACGCGGUCUAAGCUCGGCCCAGGACAUCCUGGAAGCUUGCAGCUGGGCAGGGAGCCCUGCCCCUCUCUCUCCACACAACCUAAUGAGCUCAUUAAUUAGCUGCCAGGCAGGGUUCAACAGCUCUCUCCUGCUGCCAUAAACUGAUUGAUUGCAUUUGGGCUUCGUGGCAUUUGUUCCCAGGGACAGAGCUGCCACUCUGGGUAUGGUGGGAAGGGACAGUCCUCCUGGCACGGCUGUGGGGCUGCGAGAGUCACGUUUCUGGUCCCAGAGGGGUCUA